GAUUUGGGGAAUGUGACAAAUCAAUCUGGGUUGUCUGAUUAUUUUCUAUGACUUUCUUCUCUGUCUGAUUCGUUUGUUUCGGCGAUUCAACUCUUCUUCAACGCCCUGGGUCACGCACGACAUUGGAUUGAUGUUAUAUCUCACGCAGCAGAGGCGAUUCUUUGUCUUCUUGUCCCGUUGACCUGUUUCGAUCUCAGAUGGUGAUUAUGCAGCACUUGCUUCUUAAUUAGGGCAUUUAAAUCCGUCUUCCAGGUGAUUUUGAAAGUAUUAUUGAAUGGACUUGAAAAUGGAUAAUGUAAUUGGGGGCAAGUUUAAACUUGGUCGGAAGAUCGGCGGUGGCUCUUUUGGAGAGCUUUUUCUUGCCGUAAGUCUGCAAACCGGAGAGGAAGUAGCUGUUAAGCUGGAGCCUGCGAAAACUAAGCAUCCCCAACUUCAUUAUGAGUCGAAGAUAUACAUGCUUCUACAAGGAGGAAGUGGCAUCCCCAGUCUCAAGUGGUUUGGGGUUCAGGGAGACUACAAUGCGAUGGUCAUUGAUCUACUCGGGCCGAGUUUGGAGGACUUGUUCAACUAUUGUAAUAGGAGGCUUACUUUGAAAGCAGUUUUGAUGCUUGCAGAUCAACUGAUAAGCAGAGUUGAAUAUAUGCAUUCAAGGGGAUUUCUUCACCGUGACAUAAAACCUGACAAUUUCUUGAUGGGACUUGGUCGCAAAGCAAACCAGGUGUAUAUCAUUGAUUUUGGGCUUGCAAAGAAGUAUAGGGAUCUCCAAACACAUAGGCACAUCCCCUAUAGAGAAAACAAGAACCUUACGGGCACAGCUCGGUAUGCUAGUGUCAACACUCACCUUGGAGUUGAGCAAAGUAGGAGGGAUGAUCUGGAGUCUCUUGGUUACGUGCUCAUGUAUUUCCUCAGAGGAAGCCUACCGUGGCAGGGACUAAAAGCUGGCACAAAGAAGCAGAAGUAUGACAGAAUUAGCGAGAAGAAAGUAUCAACUCCUAUAGAGGUCUUGUGCAAGUCAUAUCCACCCGAAUUCGUAUCAUACUUUCAAUACUGCAGAUCUUUGCGAUUUGAAGACAAACCAGACUACUCAUACCUAAAGAGACUUUUCCGAGACUUGUUUAUCCGUGAAGGUUAUCAGUUUGACUAUGUAUUCGACUGGACUGCAUUGAAACACCCUCAGAGUAGUGCCAGAUCCCAUUCCAGCACCCAUGAAAGGCAUCGUACCGGUAAACCAGGGAUGGCUGCGGGACCGUCUGCUGAAAAACCUGAAAGGAUUUCAGUAGGGAACAUCCGCGAUAAAUUCUCAGGAGCAGUCGAAGCAUUCGCGAGAAGGAAUGUUAGAGGACCCAGUCCCCAUCAAAACCAUACCAGACAUCGAACUCUUGACGAAAUUCCUUCAAUGAAACCUGCUGUGAAUAUGGUAUCUGAGAAAGGAAGAAACACUUCCAGAUACGGCAGUGCUUCAAGGAGAGCAGUAGCCUCAGGAAGUAGGCCAAGCUCAUCAGGGGAACAAAGGGAUAGCCGAGACUCGAGCCGUGUAGCCUCAAGCGGUGGCGGUGUCCGACCAUCAGUCUUUCAGAGAACCCAAGCAGCAGCUGCUGUGAGUGGAUAUGAGUCAAAGACAGCCUCUGCCUUUAACCGCGACAGAGUAGCUGCUUCAAGGACAGCACGUGACGAGGCUCUCAGAAGCUUCGAGCUUCUUUCGAUCCGCAAAUGAAGCCUUCAUCAAUGGGCUCUUUGCUGUAAAUUGGAUUCUUCUUUACAUAUGUUGUUUGGUCCUCUGUUUCCACGAAACUCCCAAUUUUUCAUGUAUUAUCAUCACUUCUCUGGAUUUUGUAUCAAUUUUUACAAACUUUUUAUUGUAAUCACGACAUCUUGUUGAGCUUAAUUCAAUGUUACUGUUUCAGUUUUGAGUUAAACUAAUUAUAUUAUUAUUCAUGAUAUGAAUUAAUAUACGACGUCGUUUAAA